CAGACCUCUAAAUACGUAUAAAUAGAGAACCGUUUACUGCACGGCUUAUUCACUCAUCAAACACGGGUCAUGAAGUUCUACGCCGUCGUUGCUCUGCUUUUGCUUGUCGCAAUGCAUAACGCCUCUGCAGACUGGAAGAACGACGUCAAACAUACGCACUGGAAGAGUGGGUCCAAUUUGAUCACGACAGUGAUAAAAUCGAAUCUGAGCAAAUCAAUGAUGAAUCCGGGCCUUGCGUCUUGCGUCAACUCGUCGAACUCUCAACUCACGAACUUGCUGCGAACUUUCAACCAGGAACUCGAUCAGGCCAUAGCAUCGGCUGCCAACGAACGUGAUGCUAACCAGCGUUGCGAAAUUGUUAGUCGUCAGUUGUCCGCUAAUGUUAUGAGACUAAGUUGUUAAUUAAAAAGCCUAUAAAGCCUAUAAAGCCUAUAAUAAUAUAUUGUGGCUCGUAUUUUAAUCGUGCAAAAUUUAAAAUUCGAUUUGUUUGAUUCAAUAAUAAUAAAGAAAUAUAUAACAAAUGCUUUUGAAGAAUA